AGCCUUUCAUUGUAACAUUUCUAGUUCUAUUAAAAACCAAAACAAAUCUAGAAAAUAAUAAAUAAAUUGGGAUUAGCAGCAAUGAAUCGCUUUGCAUAUGAAGAGGCUCGAUUAGUUGAAAGCGAGUCCUUUGUAAGCCGCGACCGCAACGUCAAAAUUUACGAUGGCGACCAAAAGACGGAAUUCGAAGAUGGGGAAGUGGUACUUACCACACACAGACUAUUCUGGGGCCGUCCUGGGGAAAUAGCACGAGCAGCCGUAACUCUCUGCCUACCAUUAAGCUAUGUAAUCUCUCUCAGUGAAGAAACAACAGCCUCCAACUUUUUUGGCCGCAAAACUCGCAUUAUAAUGCAUUUGCGACCGCCUAGCGCAGAUAAGGCUCCUGGUCCUCUGGACACAAGUCGAGCUGCACAUAUUAAGCUGUCGGGCAAGAACGGGCUAAGCGCUGAGUUUCACAGCGCCCUGCGCGAGACUUUAAAUGCGCGCGUCUGGACAAUCUCGUUAACGAGUGAAACGAUCUUAAGAGGACCAGAAACUUCGUCGGAAGUCAGCGAUAAGCUAGCGAGGAUUCAAAAACGCACGGGUAUUGGUGGGAUAGAACGUCACCUAGAAGCAAAGGCCAAGGCAGCGGACGAGAACAUAGCACUUGCGUUUCAGGAUCUGAGCGUUCUCAUGGCUAUGGCAAAGGAUAUGGUGGGCAUAUCUAAAAAUAUAAGCAGCAAAAUACGUGAGCAAAGAGGUGAAAUAUCCGACGACGAAACGGUGCGCUUUAAAUCUUACCUGCUCAGCCUGGGCAUUGAUGAUCCGGUGACACGCGACAACUUUACCAGCAAUACGGCGUACUUCAAUAGUUUGGCCCAGCAAAUUUGCGAAAUGCUGCUCGAUCCAAUUGAAGAGCAUGGCGGCAUGAUGUCCCUAGCCGAUGUAUAUUGCCGUGUGAAUCGCGCUCGCGGCCUUGAGCUUCUUUCGCCUGAAGAUUUGCUUCACGCUUGCGAACGUCUUAAUGGACCAAUAAAACUCCGUCGAUUUCCCAGUGGUGCUAUGGUGCUGCAACUGGAGUCCCAUGAUGAUGAACUAAUUUCCAUCGAUACAUUGGAGAAAGUGACAGCUGCAGAGUCCUUGGCGGUAGAGGAGCUCGCAAAGCAGCUGGGCAUAUCGCUGUUAUUAGCUAAGGAGCGUCUACUGGUGGCCGAGCGACUGGGAAGAGUUUGUCGUGAUGAGUCGGUGGAGGGUCUGCGAUUCUAUCCGAAUCUAUUGCUGCAGCGUGAUAUUGACUAACAGUUAUAAUAUAAAUAUGUUAUUAAAACUAACUCGGAUUUAUCUCUUAAAGCUAAUGAUUAAAUUGGUAAUGGUGCAAUGAGCAGGUCCGGCAUUCAGAUAAACACAGAGUAUUUGUACAUUCACACAACAAAA